GGGUGGCGCGCGAUCUUCGCGUCGCUCUGGGCCGGCGGCCGCGGCGCCGCGCGGGUGGGUGGGAUCGUGGCGGAGCGCCAGGCGCCCGAGCAGGGGAGAGAGAGCGCCAUGGCGGCUGCGGCAGCGGCGGCGUCCGGUGGUCACGCCGCGGCGAGGUGAGGGGGCUGCCUCUUUUCCACAACUGAAGAGGCCACAGCUGCCCGCCCACCGCCUUCCACGCGGGCAGCGGCUCCGGCAUGGCCGGGAUCAUUAAGAAGCAGAUCCUGAAACACCUGUCCCGGUUUACUAAGAAUCUUUCCCCAGACAAAAUCAACUUGAGCACCCUGAAAGGGGAGGGUCAGCUGACCAACCUGGAGCUGGAUGAAGAGGUUCUACAGAAUGUACUGGAGCUGCCCACCUGGUUAGCCAUCACUCGGGUCUACUGCAACAGAGCUUCCAUCCGGAUCCAGUGGACAAAGUUGAAGACGCACCCAAUUUGCUUGUGUCUGGAUAAGGUAGAGGUAGAGAUGAAGACAUGUGAGGAUCCUCGGCCCCCCAAUGGACAGUCUCCUAUUGCCCUUGCUUCAGGACAGAGUGAAUAUGGCUUUGCUGAAAAGGUGGUGGAAGGGAUGUUUAUCAUCGUCAAUUCUAUCACCAUCAAGAUUCACGCCAAGGCCUUCCAUGCUUCUUUUGAACUGUGGCAGCUCCAGGGCUAUAGUGUCAACCCUAACUGGCAGCAGAGUGACCUUCGCCUCACCCGCAUCACUGACCCUCGCCGAGGAGAGGUUUUAACGUUUAAGGAAAUAACUUGGCAGACACUUCGAAUUGAGGCAGAUGCUACAGACAAUGGUGAUCAGGACCCAGUCACCACUCCAUUGAGGCUUAUUACGAACCAAGGCAGGAUCCAGAUAGCCCUCAAAAGAAGAACCAAAGAUUGCAAUGUGAUAGCCUCCAAGCUAAUGUUCCUGUUGGAUGACUUGCUCUGGGUGCUGACUGACUCACAACUCAAGGCUAUGAUGAAGUAUGCAGAGUCACUGAGUGAGGCCAUGGAGAAGUCAGCCCAGCAAAGAAAGAGCCUGGCUCCUGAACCUGUACAGAUCACUCCACCAGCUCCCAGUGCCCAGCAGUCCUGGGCCCAGGCAUUUGGUGGCAGCCAGGGCAACAGCAGCAGCAGCAACAGCAGCCGCCUCAGCCAGUACUUUGAGAAAUUUGAUGUCAAAGAGUCCUCCUACCAUCUGCUCAUCUCCCGCCUGGACCUGCACAUUUGUGAUGAUAGCCAGUCCCGAGAGCCAGAUGUCUCUGCAAAUAGACUCAUGGGUGGUGCCAUGCAGCUUACCUUCCGCAAGAUGGGAUUUGACUAUUACCCUUUCCACUGGGCAGGUGACAGUUGCAAACACUGGGUACGCCACUGUGAGGCCAUGGAGACCCGAGGCCAGUGGGCCCAGAAGCUAGUGAUGGAAUUUCAGAGCAAAAUGGAGAAGUGGCAUGAAGAGACGGGUCUGAAACCACCCUGGCACCUGGGAGUAGACUCUUCCUUUCGAAGGAAAGCAGAUUCUCUUUCCAGUCCUCGAAAGAACCCUCUUGAGAGAAGCCCCUCUCAGGGCAGACAGGCUGCCUUUCGGCCUCCAGCAUGGAACCGCUUACGCUCUAGCUGCAUGGUGGUACGGGUGGAUGACCUGGACAUCCACCAGGUUUCCACAGCUGGUCAGCCAAGUAAGAAGCCAUCUACCCUCCUUUCCUGCAGUCGGAAACGUCACAACCUGCCCACACAGGUCUCUGCCAUUCAUAUUGAAUUCACAGAGUAUUACUUCCCAGAUAAUCAGGAGCUUCCAGUUCCUUGUCCUAAUCUCUACAUUCAGUUAAAUAGUCUGACAUUUACUAUGGAUCCUGUCAGUUUGCUCUGGGGAAACCUCUUUUGCCUGGAUUUAUACCGCAGCUUGGAGCAGUUCAAAGCUAUCUACAAGCUGGAAGAUUCAAGCCAGAGAGAUGAACAUCUGGACAUCCGACUAGAUGCCUUCUGGUUGAAGGUGAGCUUUCCACUGGAAAAGAGAGAGCGGGCAGAAUUGCAUCGUCCCCAGGCCCUUGUCUUCUCUGCAUCAGGCAUGAUUGCCACCAAUACACGUCAUGCCCCACAUUGUAGUUGUUCAGACCUCCAGAACCUCUUCCGGGGUUUUGCUGCUGCUGAGUUCUUUCAUUCCAAUUAUGAUCACUUUCCUAAGGUUCCAGGUGGCUUUAGCCUUCUGCACAUGCUUUUUUUACAUCAUGCCUUUCAGAUGGAUUCCUGCCUGCCUCAGCCUAAUACCCUCCCUCCCCAGAGAUCUAAGGCUUCCCAGGAUCUCUGGUCUGUCCACUUUACCCAGAUCUCCUUGGACUUUGAGGGAACCGAAAACUUUAAAGGCCAUACCUUGAAUUUUGUAGCCCCUUUCCCCCUGUCCAUUUGGGCUUGCCUACCCCUCCGCUGGCAGCAAGCCCAGGCACGGAAGCUCCUUUUGGCCUCAGAGGGGAGGCUGAAACCGUCAGCCAGCUUUGGAAGUCCUGUGCAGUCUGAGGCUCUUGCCCCUGACUCUAUGCCCCAUCAGAGGUCAAAGACUGAGCAUGACUUGAAAAGCUUAUCAGGCCUUACAGAAGUCAUGGAAAUUCUGAGAGAAGGCAAUAGUGGUAUGGACAGCAAAGAGCCUCUGACAGAGCUGGAGGAUGUAGCAGAUGUUCAUAUACUUGUACAUUCCCCAGCCCCUGUCCUUGUGAGGCUUGACCACUACCAGUACUUGGCUCUGCUUCGCCUGAAGGAGGUGCUGCAGAGGCUUCAAGAGCAGCUGACUAAGGAUACAGAGUCAAUGACUGGGUCACCCUUGCAGGACCAGACAGCUUGCAUUGGAGUUCUCUUUCCCAGUGCUGAGGUGGCUCUGCUUAUGCAUCCUUCCCCCAGUGCUGACGAUGCUGACUCUGCAGGCUCAGAUAGCACUAGCCUUGUAGAUUCAGAGCUGUCGCCUUCAGAGGAUCAGGAACUGAAGUCUGACGCCUCAUCAGACCAGGGCCCAGCAAGCCCUGAGAAGGUCCUGGAGGAAAGUAGCACUGAAAAUCUGGAUGCAUCCCAGGAGAGGCCACAUAGCAAUGGAGAACUGCAGGACUCAGGUCCACUUGCCCAGCAGCUAGCAGGGAAGGGCCAUGAGGCAGUUGAGUCCCUACAGGCCAAGAAACUGAGCAGAACCCAAGCCUCCAGCUCGCCAGCUGUAUUGAAGCCCCCGGCUGGCAGGGAGACUGCUGUGGAUGGACAGGGCGAGCUCAUCCCCUUGAAGGACAUUGAGGGAGAAUUGUCAAGUGCUAUUCAUAUGACCAAGGAUGCCACCAAGGAGGCUCUACAUGCCACCAUGGACCUCACCAAGGAAGCUGUGUCCCUGACUAAGGAUGCCUUCAGUUUGGGCAGAGAUCGAAUGACCUCCACCAUGCACAAGAUGUUGUCCCUGCCCCCAACCAAGGAGCCCAUGGCCAAGACAGAUGAGGGGGUGGCAGCCCCAGUGAGUGGAGGUGCUGCGCGACUCCGAUUUUUCUCCAUGAAGAGGACUGUAUCUCAGCAGUCAUUUGAUGGGGUCUCAUUGGAUAGCAGUGGCCCUGAAGACCGGAUUUCAGUGGACAGUGAUGGCAGUGAUAGCUUUGUGAUGCUCUUGGAGUCUGAGUCUGGUCCAGAAUCUGUUCCACCAGGAUCUCUUUCAAAUGUCUCAGAUAAUGCUGGUGUUCAAGGGAGCCCUCUUGUGAAUAAUUGUGGCCAGGGGUCACCAGCAGCUAACAGUUCAGUUUCACCCAGUGGAGAAGACCUCGUCUUUUACCCGGUCUCAGUUCUGGUCCUGAAGGUGAAUGAGGUGUCUUUUGGGAUUGAGGUACGUGGUGAGGACCUGACUGUGGCCCUGCAAUCAGAGGAACUGACCCUCCAGCAGCUGGGCACCGUGGGACUCUGGCAGUUCCUGCAUGGACAGUGUCCAGGUACAUGCUUUCAGGAAUCCUCAACUUUGAAGACUGGCCACAUCAGGCCAGCUGUGGGCCUUCGCUUUGAGGUGGGGCCUGGAGCAGCUGUUCAUUCCCCCCUGGCCUCACAAAAUGGCUUUCUACAUUUGCUGCUUCGUGGCUGUGACCUGGAGCUGCUCACUUCGGUGCUCAAUGGCCUGGGGCCCUUCUUGGAGGAUGAGGAGAUCCCAGUGGUAGUCCCCAUGCAGAUUGAGCUCGUGAACUCCAGCAUCACCCUAAAGGAUGAUAUCCCCCCCAUCUAUCCAACAUCUCCAGGCCCCAUCCCCAUCACUCUGGCAAUGGAACAUGUUGUGCUAAAGAGGAGUGAUGAUGGUGUGUUCCACAUAGGCGCUGCUUCUCAGGACAAACCAUCAGCUGAAGUACUUAAAAGUGAGAAGAGACAUCCCCCAAAAGAACAAGUGUUUUUGGUGCCCACAGGAGAGGUUUUUGAACAGCAGGUGAAAGAACUGCCUAUCCUACAAAAAGAACUUAUAGAAACUAAACAAGCAUUGGCCAAUGCCAACCAGGAUAAAGAAAAACUUCUUCAGGAGAUUAGGAAAUAUAACCCCUUCUUUGAGCUCUGAAACCAGUGGCUCAGCCAUCUGUGCCAAGGAGAGAGGCUAUCACCAGCAAUAGCACCACCUAUGACAGAGGGCACUGUCCAGUGCUGAAUAAGUCACUACGGAUGCCAGAGGGUCUGGGGAGCACUCACUUCACUUGUGUGGGUGUGCUUUCCACUAGCUGUUCUAACUUGGAUGGAAGACAAGGGCAAAGCAUGACUGUAUCCCAGAAAACUGGGGCUUGCCCUGUGUGUGGCACAAGCAUCAUGUCUUGCCUGUAUAAAGCCUUUUGGUCCUCUGCAUAUUAGGUGGGAUCUUCUCAACACUGUAGGGCCAUUUCACCUCAUGGUUUCAUGGCAGGGACAUUUGCUUCCUUCACAAGUCUGUGUGAACAAGCGAAAGUACCCACCUCCUCGUCACCCACAGAGCCACCAAAGAUUCCAUGUCCCAGAGCUUCCCAUAGCAGACCUGAAAAGUCCUUGGCCUGAGCUUCGGCCAUGGUAGAGUGGAACAGGAAAUAGCCCAGCAAAGCAGUGUGGGGGAAGAAGGCAGGAGAGGCACAAGAAUAAGGGAGAUCUGGACUCUGCCUUUUUGGGAAAAGGAACCAAACUCAUAUCAAUUUGGCUGAUAACACAAUCAGAUUUUUCCAGGUUAAGCUUCCUUUCUGUUAUACUUUGAUCAUUGUGAUGCUGUGGUAGAAAGUAAACAACAGUACUGGUUCAGUCAUUUAAUCUUUCCCUUUUAUAAUACAACUUUUUUGAAAUUUAAAUCAAGAAAAAGUUUCUGACUCUGACCUAGGUUGGUGGCAUGAUAUGCCGGGGGUCAGUGGAGGAGCUUGCUUCUGAGCCCCCUGUUGUCCACCUGGAGUCCUGCUUGUCUUCCUCACCUGUGCUGAGUGGCUCUUCUAUCUUCCUGGAGUCCCUGGCACAUCUGCUUUCCCAGCUCUGUGACUUUACCAUUUCUCUCCUCAGCACUUGGUGGUUUGGGAACUGAAAAUGUUUUAAACUUUUACAUAAACAGCUCAACCUGUUGCCUCUCACUUCCCUCCAUCACUGUGGCUUUUCAAAAUCAUGUAUUUUUGACUCAAGUGAAAAAAACAAAAAUCCUUCAACCCAGCUAGGUUUUGCCCCUGCCCUAUAAAAGAGCUAUUUCCCUCUUUCUUUCCUUUGAAUUCUUCUCCAACACUAUCCCUUCAUUCAUACUGCCCUGUGAUACACUUGAAGCUGUGUUGAUUGGACAUAAGUUCAUCAGCUCACUUACCUUUACUUGGCAAGAUGGUAAAAUAGUAAUUUAGUGAUGUUACUAAAGUCUUGACCAUACAUGACUUAUUGAAGGAAAGGUGAAAAGGUUUUUUUUAAUGGGAAAUUAUGCUUGACUUGCAUACUCUAGGUUGAUGAGGAUAAAAAGAAACAUGUAAUUGCAGUGGUGUUUAUAACUAAUUGAUCACAACCAAUCAUAGAUUUCUUUGUUCCUUCUCCACUCUCAAUGCUUCACUUGACUAGGAAAAAAAAAUGUAUUCACCAAGGAACAGGACUUAAUUUGCUCAGACUUUUAAAGGACUUUUGUUAAGUUUCUUUACUAAGGCAAAUUUUGAAGCAGCAGUUACUAUGGGAUGGUGGGAAUUUUUCAUGCUUUAGAAAUAGAGACUUAGGAACAAAGAAACAUCCUUCUGGAGAAAAUGCUAAUAGGAAGUUACCUAAGGCUUGAUGCUUGGUUCAACCUUAUUUAAAAUUUUUAUAAAUAACCCAAAAGUAGGAUUUUACAAUGAAAUCAAAUGUCACUACUUCCAGGCAGUGAAAGGUAGACUAGAAGAGGUUUAAAAAACAAAACCAGAGAAAGGUUACAAUAAGCAGUGCUGAGAAUACUCAGAAAUCUGACAGGUGAGGUUCAACAUAGUAUAAGGAAAUGUGUUUAUGGAAGAAUUACCAGUUGAUAUACCUGAACGCUAUUAGAACUCGGGAAAGAAACCGAAGCAUUGCUGAGGGGAGGAGAGACCAAUGUGCUGCUAUGGCUACAAGCCUAAUUGCCCUGUGGGCAUCAUCAGGAAGAACUUUUGGAGACAACAGAGAACAGUGGUUUAUACAAAAUCGUGGAUAUGUCUUGAUCAAACUAUCUAUGUUUCUACUGACCUUAUUUACAAGAAAUAUGAUGGAGGAAAGGUUAAGAGAACAGCAAAAAUUAUCAGGGGGUGGAGGUAUAUCCAUAUGAGGACACAUCUUUAAAAUAUAAACGCUAUCCUGCAAAGAUGAAAGCCGAGGGGAGUUAGAUCAAAUAUCCAAUCAAGAGCAAGGACCCAGUCCUGUACUACUGGCUGUAGGGGUCUAUCUCAUAGCCUUAGAUAAAGAAAGCACCUCUCAUAGCAAAUCAGAAAUGUAAGGAGCUCAUUGUCUAAGAAGUGAUGGCAGCAGAAACUAUACAUGGUGCAGGUGUAUGAGGAAUCCUUGCGUGACGGCCUUCUACAAGGAUUAUAGAAAAGUAGGGCUACUUAGUAAUACACAACUGAGAGGGCAACUGUGUCCCUUGACAAACUACUCCUUAGUGCCUCUUUCAAAGGCAGAGUGUUGAUCUGAAUGGAUCACUGGUCUUAAGUAUGGAAUCUCUAAUGUUCUUGAAGGGGGAGGAGGGAGAUCUGGUAGCUGGAAAAUAUAUUUAUUCAACCUUAUGCUCAUCUGAAUUGGUUAAGAAUCAUAUUCUGAUUCGCUUCUCAGCCCCUCCUACCCCCACCUACCAUAUCCCUCUGGCGUCCCUCCAUGCAAAGAAAAUGUCUAAUAGGCAUUUCUUGAUAUACCUUUACCUACACUUGUGCUUGUAGGGUGACAGUAAAAACAUAUCCAUUAAGUACCAAGGCUAACCUCUUAAUGGCUGGAGCUCGGUUAGGUCUCUGGGCUCUCUGAAGGAGUCUAGAGCUCUUGUCUAUGUGACAAAUGGAGCCUUAGAAUUUCUGGCUUUCCUCAUGUGGCAGCUUUGGCCAUUGUGUCUUGAAAUCCUCCCUCAGGAAAUGUGAUAGGGGUUAUCCUAUGGGAUUUUAGUAAAAAUCAACUUGCCUAAUUUCAUAUUCCUGUUCAUAAUGAAGAAAUGUGAAUUAGUGGUAGUCCUCAGGAUAAGUGUAAAGGAAAAUACGCAAGGGAAAAGUAGUAAUGUCAGCCCUUUUGGGCUGCUUAUGAUUUCUGCCUUAGAGCUGCAAGACUUGGAACAAGAAAUAACAAUACCUCAAGAAAAUGUCUGGAGAGAUAGCACCACUAUCCCUCAAAGACUUCAGCGACUGAACAUUACCAUUUCAGCUGUGAAGCAUCUACAACUAUGUAUUAUCCAUGAUUGUCUACAUUUCCUGUUUACAUGUAUGUGCUGGGAAUAUGCUUUAGUGUGUAUGGACUAGAGUUUAAAUCCUCUCUUUAACUGGGCUGCCCAGAUGGCUAUCAAUCGCAAAUUCUGUUUUCAACUCACUGGAAUAAUUAACCUAGUUUCCCUGAUAUAAAACAGGUGGGUUCUAUUCACAUGAUGUCUGCUUUUUACCAUCUGUUUCAUCUAACCUUCAUUUUGCCAUGGGCCUCAACCUUUAUGUCCCCUUUUUAUGGUUCUGAAAGGAAUGGCUCCCAUAUAUGGAAUAUACAAGGGAUAAACACCACCCCUCACAUACCCUGUAACUUAAACGCUUCCAUUUAACUCACUUAGAUUACUUUUCCCUUAGUGGUAAACGGGUUGGGGGAUGGGCAGUAGUGGAAAGAAGGUAGUUUUAAGUAUUGCCAUAGUAAUAUGGGAACUUUUUAUUCUAAACCUUUACCCUAGUUUUUUCUUCUCUGUCAUUUAUUUAAAAAUUUGCCUAAACUUCUAAAAUCAGAGAAAAAUCAUUAAAACUAUGGAAACAACUGAACUUUGGUACAGAAGUUAGUUCGAUGUCAUCUGGUUAUUUGAAAACAGUAAAAGCUGUGUCAUUGCCUCAUGAUUAAUCAUAGUCAUUAUUAAGGCUUUCAGAGAGAAUCUGGUGGAAGCGCUAUCCUUUCAGAGACUAAGGCCUUUACCUAGUUGCUCCCCUACCUUCUGUCAGGAAUAUUCCCAUGCAUUUCUGGGUAGGUAUAGGUAGUAGCUAUUGAAUGAAAAUUAUUUUCCCCAUGGCACAAGGGGAAACACUCUUGGAUAACCUUUAACAGUGAGGCUUUGCUAAGUGGCCAGACUUGGGAUUUGAUCUUCCUCCCUUAUUAUUUAUUAAGUUUCGGCCUUAUUCAGUAUCUCUAAUUGCAAUAGAUAUAGUUCCUGCAACUGCUAAAAAAAAAAAAAAAUUCUUUUAGAGCUGAGAGAGUAUCUUUUUUUGUCAGUUUAUUAAUUUUUGGUCAAGAUUUAGCCUUAGUCUUAAAGCAUUUCUUUGUGGAAUGCCCCACUGAAGUGUCUUCUCCAUUGGCUAAGUACAUGUUUAAAGCCAUGGGUUUUAAUGUAAGAUACUAAAAGUCAGAUUUGCCCACCUUCAUGAGUCCAAACUGUUUCCCCCACUGAGGGUGCUAAAUAGAAUCUUUACUAAGACAUGCUCAGGAAAGCUUCACAAGAGAACAGCUUCGGCAGAGAGGAAAAAUUCUUGGGGAUUGCCAAUUACAUACAGUAGCCUUAUUACUGCUAAUCACUGUCAACAAAAGGUCACUUCAUUCCCCUCUAUUUGAGAAAAACAAUGAGAAUGUAUCUGAUGAACUGGAAUCCCGGUCAGUAUUGGGAAAUUUCAAUGUUGCAAUAUCUAGUCAAACCUUGAGUGUACUGGUUCUGUGAACCACCUGUAAAAACAAAUUAAAUUUAUUAAAUCAUAA